UAAUAUCGUAAACUCCCAAUUCAUCUGUAUCUUAAUUUAUACAGCUGAUGCGAUCUGCCCCAACCCCAACCCCUUCUCCUUCUCUUACUUCAAUUCUACUUUCCACAUAGAGCUCUGAGAAAGACGUAUUAAUUACAUACACACUCCCCUCAAUCGAAUUCAAACACUUAUAUUAUUAGAUUAGGGUUUUUUACUUUAACAAAUUUUAAUUAAAACGAUAUACGAAAUUACGAUUGAAAGAUUUUCAUUAUCACUACCAUUAGGGUUUUUGUUAUGAUCAGAUUGGGUUCAAUCGGGCAAGUGUCAGAUUCGAGCAAGUUUGUGAUUGUACGGAACUAUUCGUAUUUCUGCCGUUAAUAAUUGGUUAUGGAUUUAGACGCGCACGGAGGGAACAAGCGCGUAUUCCAGCGCUUGGGAGUUGGGCCUUCAACGACCGACACAAAGCAGAAAGUUUGUUUCCAUUGGCGGGCGGGAAAGUGUAACCGAUUUCCAUGUCCGUUCUUGCACAGAGAAUUGCCGCUUCCGCCGCAGACGACGGGGCCGGCCAACGGAACCACCACGAAGAGGUUUGCGAAUUCGUCAUGGGGUAGGGUUGGGAAUAAUAGUCGGCCGGUGAGGAAGAUGGAGAAAGUAUGUACUUAUUGGGUUGGAGGGAAGUGUGGAUAUGGAGAGAAGUGUAAGUUUUUGCAUUCCUGGUUUUUGGGUGAGGGUUUUAGCUUGUUGACGCAGCUUGAAGGCCACCAGAAGGUUGUGAGUGGGAUUGCAUUGCCAUCGGGAUCCGAUAAACUUUAUUCCGGAAGUCAAGAUGAGACUGUGAGGGUUUGGGAUUGUGCGUCUGGCCAGUGUAUGGGUGUGGUUAAUCUUGGUGGUGAAGUUGGUUGUAUGAUUAAUGAAGGUCCUUGGAUUUUUGUGGGUCUACCAAAUAUUGUCAAGGCAUGGAAUACCCAAACUAAUGCUGACCUCAGUCUUAGUGGACCUGUAGGACAAGUUUAUGCUAUAGCUGUGGGCAAUGAUUUGCUCUUGGCUGGUACACAGGAUGGGUCUAUAUUGGCAUGGAAAUUUAAUGCUGCCACCAACGGCUUUGACCCGGCAGCAUCACUUAAAAGUCACAAUCUUGCUGUUGUUUCUUUAGUGGUUGGAGCUAAUAGACUUUACUCCGGUUCUAUGGACAAUUCUAUACGAGUCUGGAGUCUUGAAACUUUACAGUGCAUACAAACUUUAACUGAGCAUACUUCAGUUGUGAUGUCCCUUCUUUGUUGGGAUCAGUUUCUCUUAUCAUGUUCAUUGGACAAAACAAUAAAGGUUUGGGUUGCUACAGAAAGUGGAAACCUGGAAGUAACGUUUACUCACAAUGAAGAACAUGGGGUGCUUACUAUGUGUGGAAUGCCUGAUUCGGAAGGCAAGCCAGUCUUGCUGUGCUCUUGCAAUGAUAACUCUGUUCGCCUCUAUGAUUUGCCAUCGUUCUCUGAAAGGGGUAAAAUUUUUGCCAAGCAGGAGAUUCGAUCCAUUCAACUGGGUCCUGGUGGUCUGUUUUUUACUGGUGAUGGAACUGGUCAAGUGAAAGUGUGGCAAUGGUGCAAUGGACCAGCUGCCACGUCUUGAUGACCUGCGACAUUAUAUUUGUGGUCAUGUAUUUUUAAUCUUCAUUAUUUUAUUUUAUAUGUUGGGUUUCUUCUGAUAUGUAAGUUUGCGGUAGUAAUUAUAAGUUGAGAUGUCAUUCAUGUCGUCCUAGCUGUAGGUAUUUAGAAGCAACAACAGAACAGACCCCUCAUCACCUUACUACUGUGUCAUUAUUUUUUAAGUAGCUGUUAUAAGUUGUAACACUACCAGAACUCUACAUAUGGAGAACUUCUUACGGAUAGCAUUUCCGGCCUUUCAUCAAAUGUGCAUUGUUUCAAAA